AUGUCGGGGAUCUGCAAGGGCAGGCUCACAGAGGAACGCAAACAAUGGCGCAAAGAUCAUCCCUACGGCUUUUGGGCUAGACCGAGAGACGGACUCGACCUCAUGGAGUGGGAAGCGGGCAUCCCAGGCAAGGAAAACACACCCUGGCAGGAUGGAACAUACAAAGUCGUCAUGCAAUUCCCUGAAGACUACCCUAGCAAGCCACCCAAAUGCAAAUUCGUCCCGCCACUUUUCCAUCCUAAUGUCUAUCCGAGUGGCACGAUCUGCUUGAGCAUUCUCAGCGAAGACAAGGGCUGGAAGCCUUCCAUCACGGUCAAGCAGAUAUUACUGGGCAUCCAGGAUCUGCUCGACACGCCCAACCCGGACGAUCCUGCGCAAGCAGAUGCUUACUACCUCUUCAAGAAGGACAAAGCAGCCUACGAGAAACGCAUCAAGCAGCAAGCGCGAGAGAAUCCAGUAUGA